AUGGAAAGAAGAGAGCAAGUGUUUUCAUCGAUUGAGUGGUUGAGGGAGGAAUCAGAGAAACAUUCCAUCAGAGAUGAAGUGGAAAAAGAAUACAAGGAAAAAGUAAAGGCUUUGGAAAAUACUAUUGAGGAAUUGAAGAAGAGACUUGACGAUAAGAAUAAUGAAAUUGAUAAAUGUGUUGUCUCUUCUAAUAGGAUGAUCGAGACAGAAUUGGAGAAUCAAAAGCUUAGGGAAGAGAAUAAUCUAUUGAUGGGAAAGCAAUCAGAGUAUGAUAGGGAAAUUAAAUCAGUGUUGGAAUUUUAUGAGAGACGAUUCAUAACAGUGAAUGAAGAUGUUGAAGCUAAACUUUUACAUUUCGAGAAUAACGUUAUUGCUCCACUGAUGAAUAAUGUAUCACAAGCCGAAACUAGCCUCAAGAAGGCACUCUCUGUCGGUCACAAAUUGAGAUCAGAGAGGAAUGACCUUAGACAAAGAUGUUCUCAACUCCUCUCACAAUUGAGAAGCAGAACAGAGGAGUUGGAUAAGCUCCAAAUGGAUCACGAUCAAAUUCAAACAAGAAAUGAAGAGAAUUUGCAAAAGGUCAAAAUGCAAUACGAGCAAAAGAUGCUGCAACUCAAUACCAAGAUUAAUGCUGAGAGAACCUCAUACUCCUCAAGUGGCCAAACUGCAAUUGAAAUGUAUAAGAAGAAAUUGCAAGCGGCUGAGCUACAGAUUAAAGAGCUUAAAAAGGGUCAAAAGAAAUAA